AUGCCCAAAUCCUCACCGUGCGCAUUCCCAUGGUCCUCCCUGUGGCUGGCAUCUGUGGCUACUUUGGUGGUGCAGUCGGUGCUCUCUUCCUCCUACUCUUCCUCCUCUACGUAUCAGAGAUCCGCAGCCGAUGGGAAACGACCGGGCUUCAUGGAGAGGACGCUGGUUCUCCUGGAUGUCAACACUCGCAGUCCGAUCAGAGUCCUCAACGACAACUUCCUCUCUUUGCAGUUGGACCCCUCGAUUAUCAAGGACGGGUGGCUGGACUUUCUAAGCUCCAAGCGGCUGGUGACCCUAGCGCGCGGCCUGUCGCCUGCCUUUCUGCGUUUCGGGGGCAAGCGGACCGACUUCCUGCAGUUCAACAACCAGAAGAACCUCGCCAAGUUCAGAGGGCCGGGGCCAGACUACUAUCUGAAGAACUACGAAGACGACAUAGUGCGCAGUGACAUCGCAUUGGACAAACAGAAGGGCUGCAAACUGGCCAACCACCCUGACAUAAUGCUGGAGCUGCAGAGAGAAAAAGCCGCCACCACACAGCUCGUCCUGCUGAAAGAGCAACUGUCCAACAUCUACAGCAACAUCACAAUAACAGCCAGGUCUUUAGACAAACUGUACAACUUUGCCGACUGUGCUGGUCUGCACCUGAUCCUGGGGCUCAACGCGCUGCACAGAAACCCAGACAACUCCUGGAACACCUCCUCCACCCUGAGCCUCCUAAAGUACGGCGCUGGCAAAAAGUACAACAUCUCCUGGGAGCUUGGCAACGAGCCGAACGCGUACCGCAGCAUGGUGGGUCGAGCGGUCAACAGCACGCAGUUGGCUCAGGACUACACCAAGCUGCGGACCCUGCUGCAGUCCGUGCGCUACUACCACCGAGCUCACCUCUAUGGCCCCAAUGCAGGUCGACCCCGGAAGAACGCCAUCCUGCUGCUGGAUGGGUUCAUGAAGAAUGAGGGCUCUGCUGUAGAUGCAGUAACGUGGCAACAUUAUUAUAUGGACGGGAGAGUGAACAAAGUGGAGGACUUCCUAAAGACCCGUCUGUUGGACACACUGACAGAGCAGAUAAAUAAAGUCACCAAGGUUGUGAACACACACUCUCCUGGUAAGAAGGUGUGGCUGGGUGGACUCGGGCCAGCGUGGGCAGGAGGCAUCAACAAUCUCUCUGACACAUACGCUGCUGGCUUUUUGUGGGUGAACGCGCUGGGAAUGGCUGCUGUGAAGGGGAUUGAUGUUGUCCUGCGUCACUCGUUCUUUGACUACGGAUACACACACCUUGUGGACCAGAACUUUAACCCUCUACCUGAUUACUGGUUCUCUCUGGUCUUCAAGCGUCUGGUUGGUCCGAGGGUUUUAGCCGUGCGGGUGGCUGGACUCCAGAGGAAGCCGCAACCAGGACGAGUUAUACGGGACAAGCUGCGUAUCUACGCCCACUGUACCAGCUACUACAACCAUAACUAUGUUAGAGGGUCCAUAACAAUCUACAUCAUCAACCUGCAUCGGUCGCGAAAGAAAAUCAAGUUGGCGGGGACAUUACGGAACAAUACUGUCCAUCAGUACCUGCUGCAACCCUACGGUACUGACGGACUCAGAGCCAAAUAUGUCCAGCUGAACGGGGAGAAGCUGCUCAUGGUGGACAAUGAGACAUUUCCUGAGUUAAAGCCUAAGACAUUGAGGGCUGGACGGACAAUAGCCAUGCCUCCUAUGACUAUUGGCUUUUAUGUCAUCAAAAACAUUAACGCAUACGCCUGCCGAAGAUAACACUGACCCCUCAUCCCGGAACUUUUGCUUAAAAGUUUUCAAACCACAGUUUUUAUCCAAAGCUUUAAAAAAAGAUAUAUGGCUUUUAAAUGUUGUUUCCUUUUCUGGGAAAACAGCUUUUUAGGAUGUGCAUGUCAUGGUCAAGGACACUUCAGUAGACACUUGACUUGAAAACAGCACAAUCAUCUAGCUUAAAAACAGCCUCUUCAUCAUUCCUCUUCCCUUGUUAUCCUCUCUGGUCCAACUGAAGAAAGACUUGCCCAAAACACACAAAAAAGGGCUGCACUGAACUCUUUUUAAUUCUUUUCUCCAGCAGAUCUUUGUACAAGACUCUUAUGUUUGUGUGACUUUGUAUGAAGUUAUGCAACAUAACAAAAGUCUACAUUAAUUCAACUUCUCGAACUAUCAUUUCUUUGCUUGGGUUGUAAAACCUAAAGAUCUUAUCUUUUUUCUGCCCAGGCUUUAUUUCAUUUCUUUGUAAUUAAUCUUUCACUGACGAUGAAGAGAAAAGAACAGGCAGCGUUUCUGAAGAAUUAUACAAGUCAAGAACAUACAAAGUGUGUGUGUGUGUGUGUGUGUGUGUGUGUGUGUGUGUGUGUGUGUGUGUGUGUGUGUGUGUGUGUGUGU